AUCUAGGUCAAACGAGGAGAGAGACGCUGCUCCCCCAACGCCCAGAGGAUCCCAAAUCUGAAAGAAGAAGCAACACCCACGGAUCUGGGGCCCACAUCCGCACAGCUUUCUGUUUUUCGCCCGAAAUGACCAGGAGGCGUGUUGACACCGCAGAGGGGACGCAGAUUCCAGCCAGAGCUGUGACUGUGCCCGCUGAGUGGAUUGCCUUGUCAGGGAGUGAGUGCCCCAUCAUCGGGAGAAUCCAAGCAGGACUGCCAUGGAGGAAGGUCAAUAUUCAGAGAUCGAGGAGCUUUCCAGGAAGAAGGGGUGCUGCAGGCACUGGACUCGGACCGUGCUGCUGGGGCUGCUGACCGCUGCUUUGUGGGCUGGGCUGCUGAUUCUACUUCUCCUAUGGCACAAGGACACCACACAGAAUCUGAAACAGCUGGAAGAGAGAGCUGCCCGGAACGUCUCUCAAGUUUCCAAGUACUUUGAAAGAUACCAGGGUGACCAGAUGGCGCAGAAAUCCCAGGCCACGGAGAUUUCACAGAGCCUGGAGGAACUUCGAGCUGAACAGCAGAGAAUGAAUUCUCGGGACUCUGAGCUGCACCAGAACCUGAAUGGACUUGAAGCAGAUCUGAGCAGCUUCAAGUCCCAGGAAUUGAAUGAGAGGCACACAGCUUCGGAUUUGCUGGGAAGGCUCUGGCAGGAAGUGAGGAAGCUGCAGACGGAGCUGCAGGUGUCCAGAGGCUUUGUGUGCAACACGUGCCCGGAAAACUGGGUCAGUUUCCAACAGAAGUGCUACUACUUCGGCAAGGGCACCAAGCAGUGGGUCCACGCCCGGUACGCCUGCGAAGACGUGGAAGGGCAGCUGGUCAGCAUCCACAGCCAAGAGGAGCAGGACUUCCUGAUCAAGCACGCCAGCCGCACAGGCUCUUGGAUUGGCCUUCGGAACUUGGACCUGAAGGGGGAGUUUAUCUGGAUGGAUGGGACCCCUGUGGACUACAGCAACUGGGCUCCAGAGGAGCCUACCAACCGGAACCAGGGCGAAGACUGUGUGAUGAUGCGGGGCUCUGGAGACUGGAACGACAUCUACUGUGACCGUAAGCUGGGCGCCUGGGUGUGCGAUCGGCUGGCCACGUGCGUGCCGCCAGCCAGGGAAGGUUCCGCGGAGCCCCCGGAACCAGGACCUGAUUCAGAACCAGGCCAGGACGACCGCCUGCCUAUCCCCUCUGCCCUUCUCCACCCUUGAGCAUGGACCCAGCCAGCCCAGGGUGAAACCCUGAAGACCCCCAGCCACAGCCUGGAUGCCUCUUUGUGGCUGAAAGGUCCCCGUGACAUUUCCUCCCACCCAAAGGGGGGCAGCUGACACAUCCCGGCUCCUCUGCAGCCCCUGCCUCCCCAGAAGUGCCCCUCAACAGCACCCUGUCCAGAUGGGAGUAUUCCCAACACCACCCUCUCCAGAUGUACCCCCAUGUCCUCAGCACCCCAGGACCUGAGCACCCCCAGCUCAGGUGGCGAGUCCUCCUGUCCAGCUGGCAUCAGUAAAAUGCAAUAAUGCCCCCCC